AUGCGUUCAAGUGAAUCAGUUGAAAAUCUUCUUUACGGCUACAACAAAUUGUUAGACCGUCUCUUCGAAAAGGUUGUUUAUGCCAGCGAUGUGUGGGAGAGAUGUACUAUAGUGCAAGAUCUAUUCAAUGAUUAUUACAUAUACUGUAUUGCAGAUUCGGAUUAUUUUAAGUAUGAUGUUGAUAAAGAUAUAAAUUUAUCUUUGAUGGGAAGAAUUGUUGAAGAUCGUAAAGAUGCAUUGCGUUUGUACAAAGCUCAUUCUAGAGAGGGAUUUACAGAUGAAAAAAGACAGAAAAAGGACAAAGAAAUUACAUUUGGUGAGAUGCCUACAGAAAUAGAAGGAAAAUCAAAAAAGAGGAAAAAGAGAUGUGUCAAUGAGACUAUAACUGGUUGUAAAGCUAAUAUCAAAUUCAAGAAAAAUGAAAGUGGUGUGUAUUUUGUUAUUCAACAUAACACAAAACACAAUCAUGAGUUUUUUUAUUCAACAGAAAGGCAUCAUCUGAAAUCUGAAAGAAAUAUAAAGGAAGAAAUAGAAAAGGUGAUUGAAAAAAUGAUUGAAAGUGGUAUAAAGCCAAUGAAUGUCUUUGAAUUUUUAUCAAAUGAGGCUGGAUCAGAAGAGGCUUUAGGACACACAAAGAGAGAUCUGUUGAAUUAUGUGACUAGGUAUAGAGCAGAAAGGAUUGAAGGUGGAGAUAUGCAAAGUGUUUUGGAUACACUACAAGAAAGAGCAGAAGUUGAUUGUGAUAAGACUUAUAGGACAAAUAAAUAUGGUUUAAUUUGUGCUUCAAUAGUUGGGGUAAACAACCAUUAG